AUGACACCGCCAAUCAAGUCACCUUCUUCUUCCCUGGUUGAUUAUGGAAAGCUAUCUGAACAACUUAUGAUAGCAUAUACAAAAGACGUACUACAACGUAAUUUGCAAAAGUUUCAUGGGGAGCAACAUCGCCAACAAUUCAAACAACUUUUGAACCAGCCAGUAAUUAAAUCUAUACAUUCAUUGUCUGGUAUUAUCGUCAGAUAUCGUCAUAACAAUAGUGAAUUAGAUAAAGCUCUAGACACCAUUGAUUUACCAAAAAUAUUUGAACGACUUGAAAUUAGAGAAAAAACCAACAAAGAUAAAAAUCUCGAUUAUGAUGAUUUAUUAGUUCUUGAAUUAUUGAAUUAUUUUAAAAAUGAUUUUUUCAAAUGGGUAAAUAGCCCUGAUUGUCCAUCUUGUGGAUCUAACGAGGAUGUUCAAGGAUUAGGAGCAAUCAACCCCUCAUCAUCAAAAACUAUUUCACAAUCCCAGGCCAUAAUCGAUCAAGUAUCUGUUAUUGAAGUCCAUGAAUGUAAGAAAUGCAAGCAAAAAAUUGAAUUCCCCAGAAUAAACAACCCAGUUACAUUAUUAACCACCCGUCGAGGAAGAUGUGGAGAAUGGGUUAAUUGUUUUAUGUUGAUAUUACAAGCAUUAAUUGGAGGUGGUGAUGAUGACAGUGAUCGGAUAAGAUAUGUGUGGAAUCAAGAAGAUCAUGUUUGGUGUGAAUACUAUUCACUAAGCUCAAAACGUUGGAUACAUUUGGAUCCUUGUGAAGGUGUUUAUGAUGAACCGUUGUUGUACUGCAAUAAUUGGGGGAAAAGAAUGAGUUAUGUCAUUGGGUUUAAUUAUAAUUAUAUGAUUGAUUUGAGUGAUAAAUAUAUUGUACCGGAAAAACAAAUUCCUAAAAAUUCAAUUGUAAAUGUCCAAAAUGUGAAUUUUGUCAUAUCAUAUCUGAAUGGUAUCAAUCAAUUGAAGCAUUUUAAGAGAAUUGAGCAACAGCAACAACAACAAGAAGUUGAUGUAAAUGAACAGAGAAAUUUGGCUUUCCUCAAGCUUUAUCAUAAUUUCCUAGUUCCAUAUAACAAGGAAAUUAACCAAUUGAAACCAGAAUUAACAAAAACUACACCAUCCACGGAUUUACCACUGGGUAGGCAAUCGGGAUCAACUGAAUGGACUAAAAGUCGUGGUGAAAAUGGUGAAUCCUAA